AUGUCGCGCCGUCCUAAACCCAACCUUUCCCCCAGCGUCAGCCCAGAACCUUCUCCAACAAUGAUUACGACUUGUGCGAACAAAUUUGUUGAUCAGUCGGACUUUGAGUUUCACGUCUGCGACGCAAUCCAACGCGCAUCAAAUCCUCAAGUAUUGGUUUUUACAAAUGUGAGCCGGUCGUGGGGGGAGCAGAUAGUGGAAUCGAUUAACCAAACAAGGGACGGAUACUCAACGCGGAAAAAUUACAAUUCUUGGACCAAAGUUUUACGAAUCACAAUUAUGCCGACGGUAUUACAUGAUUGUGUUCAAACUUGGUGGCGUGUUACCGAGAUUGCCUUGCGGGAUACUGGGGAUUUAACUGGUUAUGAACAAACCCAAAUUGAAACACUAUUCCGAUCAGGCCCCUCUCGUUGUUCCCGGAAAGAACCUGAUUUCUUCAUCCGGACAAACAACGAUCUUCUCCCAUCCCUUGCGAUGGAGUCUGGAUGGAGCGAGUCAUGGAAUCACCUUAUGGAUGAUAUGAACCUCCUGCUAGUCGGUGGCGAUGGGGCCAUUAAUGCCGUUGUGAUCCUCAAGUGGCAACUUAACCGUCCCGCGACACUCGUGAGCGGCUUUGUCGAACUUUAUGUUCGUGAUAGACGCGGUAUGCCUGUGUGUCGCCAACGAGAAGAUGUUUUCCCGAUCCCCCCUCAAACCCAAACUCCCCAACGCCUGGAACUGACCCGCCGAGAAGUGUUCGGCCCUCAUCUCUUGCCAGACCCGACACGCAAUGGACCUCCCAAUGCGAUGGUGUAUCUAGAGAUAAACCAAUUGCGGCUGGUAGCCACCCGGGCACUGCAGCGCAUGAAUCUCCGUCCCGCUUAG